UUUAGUUUAAACCUACAUUAUAAAGUGAAAUUGCGACGAAAGUUUUGUCCGUCAAUGUAUCAACGAUAUAUUAUAUAUAUUAAUUUAUAAUUUUAAUUUUAAGAAAUUUUCGAAAUGAAUGGAUUAUCAGAAGAUGACUCUGAUAGCAGUAAUGAGUAUCUGAUUGAUCCAAAUAAAAUUAAUUUAAAUUCCAAUUUCUUCACAAAAAAGAAAUCAAAUGUUGGGACGAUUGUAAAUAAAGAUGAUACUGAAAAUGAAAGUACUGAUAACGAGGAACUUGAGAAUAUCACUCAUUUAGAUAAUAUUGAACUCUUCACUCAAGUUUUAAAAAAUUUAGAAAAUUCACAAAAACUUGAACUCAACAAUAAAAACACAGAGAAAGAACAAUCACAUUUAGAUUGUCUCACAAAAAAAAAUGAAGAAGAGAUACAAAAAGUAAAAGAAGUAAGAAAUAUCACAUCAUCAAAUGAAAUAAAUGAACUUUUGCUUCAAGGUGAGAGUAAUAUAAGUUUAUCCUGUAAAAAUACCAUUGAAAAUAUAACAAAAAAUGAAGAAGAUGCAGAAUCUUCUAAUGAAUAUACUAUUCCAAAAGAUGGUGUUAAGAUUACUUUACCAAGCACUAAUUUAAUAAUAAAUAAAAGAAAGAAAGGUAAACAAGAUUUGAAAACAAUUUUGAGAAAACGAUUAAAAGAAAGUCAGAUAUUGAUAGAGAAAGUAGGAUUGCUCUGUUGGUUAGCUUAUGGAUUUUAUUUGAAUCAUCAGAUAAAUUUACCUGAAAUAAUGACUGGUGUAUUAUCAUUAAUUUCUGAAUCUAAUUAUCCAAAAAAUAGAAUUGAUCUAUCGUACUUAGAAAAAUUUACAAGAUGGUUCAAACAUAUAUUUACAUUUGAAUCUGUUGAAAGCAAUGCUAAUAAAAAAAUUGAUAAAGAAACUUUGUUAAAAAUAGUGAAAGAAAAGAAAAUUUCUAAUUAUAAAGAACUAGUUUUACUAUACAUUGCUACAUUGAGAGCUUUAGGUUUAAAUUGUAGAUUAGUUAUUUCUCUUUGUCCUCCCCAUCGAAUUUUUAGUAAUAGCCCAUUAUUUAAAUCUGAUGUAAAAAAUGAAGAAAUAAAAUCAAAAAAUAUAUCUAAUAAAAUCAAGCAAGAAAAUUCAAAGAAAAAGAAAGAAAAAAAGAAAUCUCCUGAAAAAACAAAUGUGAUUCAAAAUAGUCCUGAAGCAAAAAAAAAUACUAAUGCAGAAUCUAGAAAAAGGGCAGCUGAGAUUUUACAUUCAAAAUUGCAAAAUAAUAAUAAAAAACCUAAAUUCGAUACCAAUCAAGAUUUCAAAAUUGAAAAAAAAUUAAUUAAAAAAUUAAAUUCUAAAAUCACAGAAAAGAAAAAUGAAUUAAAAUCAGUUGAAAAUGAAAAAAAUAUAUCCAAUUUAAGACAAUUAAGAUCUCGUAAAAUUCAUAUUAAUUCUAAAGAAAAUGAAAAAGAUAAAGAAAUAAAAUCUACAGAUUUAAUUUCAAAAACUGAUGGCACAAAAUCAAAAUAUUAUAUAAAAGAAAGUUCCACGGAUUCUGAAACAGAAUUUGAACCAAAAAUAAAACGUAUAACAAGAAAAGAUUUAAAUAAUACUAAAGAAGAAGCAUCACAAAGUUCUUUGAAUAUUAAAAAAAAUAAUAGAAAAUUAGUAUCUUCUGACAGUGAAGAUGAAGAAAUAAAUAAUACAAGAAAUAGACAAGAUAUUUGGGUUGAAAUAUAUUUAGAUUCAGAAGAAAGUUGGAUUUGUGUAAAUGUAAUGGAUGAAAAAAUUCAUUGCAUAAGUGAAAUAUAUAAAAAAACAACAAAGCCUGUAUUAUAUGUAGUUGCAUGGAACUCUGAAAAUUUAAUAAAAGAUGUGUCUAGACGCUAUUGUCCACAUUGGCUUACAGUUACAUAUAAACAACGAGUUGAUGAAAAAUGGUGGCUUAAAACUUUGUCUUAUUGGAAAGAAAAAGAUACUGCUAUUUCUAGAGCUGAAGAUGAAAUGCUAUUACAAAAAGAAUUAGAACAACCAUUACCUAAAACAAUUAGUGAAUGCAAAGGCCAUCCAUUGUAUGUCAUUCAAAAACAUUUACUUAAAUUUGAAGCAUUAUAUCCUCCUGAUUGUGUACCUUUAGGAUAUACUUCUACAGGUUGUGCCAUUUAUUCUCGUCAUUGUGUACAUACUCUUUAUUCAAGGGAAACUUGGUAUAGAAAAGGCAGAGUUGUAAAAGCAGAUCAAGAACCUUAUAAAAUAGUUACAGCUCGUCCAAAAUAUGAUAAACUUUCAGGAACAAAAAUUAAAAAUUCACCAUUAGAAUUAUUUGGUAAAUGGCAAACUAUGGAAUAUGAACCUCCAGUAGCUAAGGAUGGUAUUGUUCCUCGAAAUGAAUAUGGAAAUGUAGAUUUAUUUCAGCCAUCCAUGCUUCCAAAAGGCACUGUUCACAUAAAUCUUCCAGGCUUAUAUCGAAUCGCUCGAAAACUUAACAUUGAUUGUGCACCUGCUGUAGUAGGUUUUAAUUUUGGAUCUAUGGGUGCAACACCUGCAAUGGAAGGUUAUAUUGUUUGCAUUGAAUACGAAGAUACAUUGCGAGAAGCUUGGGAAGUUGAACAAGCUGAAGCAGUUAAACGAACCAAAGAAAAGAAAGACAAACGAGUUUAUGGAAAUUGGAAAAGAUUAAUUCAAGGUUUGUUUAUAAGAGAACGACUAGCAGCAAAAUAUGAAUUUUCAGAGGAAAAAAAAUUAAUAACUAAUAAACAGACAAAACAAAAAGAAAAUAGGCGUAAGAAAAUUAAAUAAUUAAAUUCUCUUGAAUAGUAAGAAAAUCAUUUAAACGUUCU